CUCUGCCAGAGUUAUACUUGGUUACAACAAGUCUCUUUGAUUUCCCCAGCAGAAGCGUUGAAUUCCUUCGUUGUCUUCCCCCUGAUCCAUUCCAUUUUAGGGAUCCCAUCUUAUAUCGUUAUUUUCUUUAACAUAGGAGGUGGUAAAAGGAUCGGAUCCAGCUUUCCUGAAGAGGCGGUGAAGAGCUGAAAGUUUUUGAUGAUAAUUAGUCAACUUUGUUUGCUCCACAGAAGAAUCUUCUAGGAAGCUUACCUCACUAGACAGCGUGUUGCAUACGGGCUGGUAAAAAAAAAAAAUGCUUCUGUAGAAGGGGAGAGUAAUAUAAGCAAAUAACAAGGAGAUGGCUUUUCAUUCUGAGGACGACAACAAGAGUGAAGACUACCUCUUCAAGAUUGUUCUCAUUGGUGAUUCUGCGGUCGGUAAAUCAAACUUGCUCGCAAGAUUUGCCAGGGACGAGUUCUAUCCCAACUCAAAGUCGACCAUUGGAGUGGAGUUCCAGACGCAGAAGAUUGAUAUCAACGGGAAGGAGAUCAAAGCACAGAUAUGGGACACGGCAGGUCAAGAACGUUUCAGAGCAGUCACUUCUGCUUAUUACAGAGGUGCUGUUGGAGCUCUUCUUGUUUACGACAUCAGCAGACAGCAGACUUUUCAGAGCAUUGGUCGAUGGCUUAACGAGCUCCACACACACUCUGACAUGAACGUUGUGACGAUCUUGGUGGGGAACAAGUCGGAUCUAAAGGACAUAAGAGAAGUGCCAACAUCAGAAGGGAAGGCGUUGGCUGAAGCGCAGGGACUUUUCUUUAUGGAGACGUCGGCUCUGGACUCGUCAAACGUGGCAGCUGCGUUUGAGACGGUGGUGAAGGAGAUAUACAACAUAUUGAGCAGGAAAGUGAUGAGCUCACAGGAGUUGAACAAGCAAGAUCCUGCCUCGCUCAGCAAUGGCAAGAAAGUUGUGAUUCCAUCCGAGGCAGAGGGAGAGACCAAGAAAGGUGGUUGUUGUUCUACGUGAUUUAGUAAAAUUUAAAUUGUAGAGAGCUUUUUAAAAAAGGAAGAUUAAUUUUUCUAAUAUGUUUGAUUGUUUCUUUGUCCAUGAAUGUUAAAAUUUGAGUGUUGUGGCGUGGAAGUGUUUAGGUUGUAGUAAUCUGUAAAUGUUCCAUUGCAGAAGCUUUAUGAAAACUCAAACUACGUGCUCUCUAUUUUAGUUUACCACUUUUUGUUGUUGUUUAAUGAUGAUGAUGAUUGUCACA